GGAGCGUCUUAAAGGGCGGAGCAAAUGUGCCGUGUGCAAUACUGUAGUAGGGAUAAAAGCAGUAGAACACUUUGAUUAAAGUUCGAGAACAUUCACAAAACCGAAGCCGAACACGCCUGUAGUAGGUACAAUCUCCGUUUACUAAGUUUUAUUUGUAAAAUUAUUUAAAUCAACUCUCAAAAUGCCUUUCGUCGCAAUUGAACACCCGAAAUGCGUAAAAUGCACCAAAUCAGUAUAUGCCGCCGAAGAGCGAAUUGCUGGAGGUUAUAAAUGGCAUAAAAUGUGCUUCAAAUGCGAAUUGUGUGGCAAGUUUUUGGACUCCACCAACUGCGCAGAGCACGACAAAGAGCUGUACUGUAAAAACUGUCACGGAAGAAAAUACGGACCAAAAGGAUACGGUUUCGGUGGAGGCGCUGGAUGCCUGAGUACAGACAAUGGUGAACAUCUCAGCAACGUGUCUUACUAUCAUACUAAACCUCAAGGUGCCUCGGAAUCACGAUCUAUGGCAAUGGCUCCUGAAGGUGAAGGAUGUCCACGCUGCGGUGGAUUUGUGUACAUGGCUGAGCAAAUGUUAGCAAAAGGAAGAUCUUGGCAUCGAGAGUGUUUCAAGUGUGCUACUUGCACGAAACGUUUGGAUUCAGUCAAUUGUUGUGAAGGUUCUGAUAAAGAUAUUUACUGCAAAGUAUGUUAUGGGAAGAAAUUUGGACCUAAGGGUUAUGGUUAUGGACAAGGAGCUGGAGCACUUCAAAGCGAUCCCGCUUACAAUGGGGAUGUUAGCACAUCUCGAGCUCCUAUUAUUGACACGAGUACAACUACUAUUAAGGCAAAAGCAGGAGAAGGGUGUCCACGUUGCGGAGGUGUGGUAUUUGCUGCUGAACAAGUGCUUGCUAAAGGAAGUGAAUGGCAUAGAAAAUGUUUCAAAUGCAAGGAUUGCAAUAAAACUUUGGAUUCAAUAAUUGCUUGUGAUGGACCUGAUAAAGAUGUAUAUUGUAAAACUUGUUACGGUAAAAAAUGGGGUCCUCACGGAUAUGGAUUUGCUUGCGGCUCAGGAUUUCUUCAGACAGACGGCUUGACAGAUGAACAAAUUGCGGGAUCGCGACCGUUUUAUAAUCCAGACACCACAUCUAUUAAAGCGGAAAAGGGAGAGGGUUGUCCGAGAUGUGGCGGAAAAGUAUUUGCUGCUGAACAACAAUUGGCUAAAGGAGCAAUGUGGCACAAAAUUUGCUUUAACUGUGCUACUUGCCACCGGCCAUUAGACUCUACAUUAGCUUGUGAUGGACCGGAUAAAGAAGUUUACUGCCGAUCCUGUUAUGGAAAAUAUUUUGGACCCAAAGGAUUUGGAUAUGGACACUCACCAACUUUGGUCUCCACCAAAGGAGAAUCUACAAUGUUGUUCUCGGAAGCAAGACCAACAUCUGGAAACAAGAGCAGAAAUGGAAAUGGGUGUUUGAGGUGUGGAUAUGAAGUUUAUGCCGCUGAACAAAUGAUAAGUAAAAAUAAGUCCUGGCACAAGAGAUGUUUUACUUGCGCUGAUUGCAGUAAAUCAUUAGAUUCGACAAGUUUGAAUGAUGGUCCUGAUGGCGAUAUUCAUUGCAGACCUUGUUAUGCAAAACAUUUUGGGCCAAAAGGUUGCGGCUUCGGUAUGGGUGCUGGUGUUCUGUCUAUGGCAUAAAUGAUCACUGUGAAAUGAAUGCAAAUCAAAGGCUAAAGAAUAUAACUUUUAAACAAACUUUAUUCGAACAUUGUUUUAUGCUUUUUUUUCUUGUAAUAUCACCAACCCCAAAUAUACUAAUUAUUUUAAUAAACAUUAAAAAAAGUCAUGAUUAAUGUAAUAUUAUUUUCAUUUUUUAUUUUAUAUGUACCUAUAUUCAUAUAAACCUGUAUACUUUUUUACUUUUAAAGCUUUAUCAACGUCGUUUUAUAUAAUUGUGCGUAAAAUUCGCGAAUAAUAAUUAAUAUUGAAAAAUCGAAACCAAUAACAUUAAUAUUAAGACAACUUUAAUUUAUGAUUUCUGUGCAUAUGAAUUGGACCAUAAUUAUGCCAAUAUCUUUGCAUCAUAUUUCGGUACUGUGAAUACUAUUGAACUUUAGCGUGUAUAUUAUUGAAAAUGUUUAAAAUGAACAGUGAAAAUAUAAUAUUGAACUUUAACAGUGCAUUAAA